UCCUUCUCCUCCUCUUCACCCACUCGUUACGCAUCCUCCUCCCCUAACAGAGCGGCGCGCACGGAUGGCGUGGCUGGUUGGGAGGAGGUUGCGCCAUUUUGAAUGUGGACAGCAGCAGGAGAGAGUGGGAGGAAAAGCUAAAGGGAGUGAAUGAGCCGUGUUUCCACUGCUGGGCUUCAACAGGGACUCGGGCAGAAAUAAACCAGACAAACAGAACAAACCAAACAGCCCGAAUUUCUCAUCUUCACACCGUCCACACUCCCUCAGUCUCAGACCGACCGCUUUGCAACAACACAGAACCAAGAGUUGACCGAGACCGGGCUCCCUCUCGCCAUGGCAGGUGCCGGAGGCGGGGGCAAUGACGUGCAGUGGUGUUUCUCACAAGUAAAAGGGGCCAUUGAUGAUGACGUAGCUGAAGCUGACAUCAUAUCUACUGUGGAGUUCAACCACUCAGGGGAACUGCUGGCCACAGGAGACAAAGGCGGUCGGGUCGUUAUCUUCCAGCAAGACACUGAGAACAAGAGUCAGCCACAGUGCCGCAGCGAGUACAAUGUUUACAGCACGUUUCAGAGCCACGAGCCCGAAUUCGACUACCUGAAGAGCUUAGAGAUCGAGGAGAAGAUCAACAAAAUCCGCUGGCUGCCACAGAAAAAUGCAGCACAGUUUUUGUUGUCCACAAAUGAUAAAACUAUAAAAUUAUGGAAGAUAAGUGAACGUGAUAAGAGACCAGAGGGCUACAAUCUUAAAGAAGAAGAUGGACGCUGCAGAGAUUCGACCACCAUCACAACUUUACGGGUGCCGGUCUUUAGACCCAUGGACCUAAUGGUGGAAGCCAGCCCUCGCAGAGUUUUUGCCAACGCUCAUACUUACCACAUCAACUCCAUCUCAGUCAACAGUGACAACGAGACGUACCUGUCGGCGGACGACCUGCGCAUCAACCUAUGGCACUUGGAGAUUACAGAUCGCAGCUUCAACAUCGUGGACAUAAAGCCGGCCAACAUGGAGGAGCUGACUGAGGUGAUCACAGCAGCUGAGUUCCACCCUCACCAGUGCAACACUUUUGUCUACAGCAGCAGCAAGGGCACUAUCCGCAUGUGUGACAUGCGCGCCUCCGCGCUUUGUGACAAGCACUCCAAGUUGUUUGAGGAGCCAGAAGACCCCAGCAAUCGCUCUUUCUUCUCAGAAAUCAUCUCUUCCAUCUCAGACGUGAAGUUCAGCCACAGUGGCCGUUAUAUGAUGACUCGAGACUACCUGUCUGUCAAGAUCUGGGACCUUAACAUGGAAAACCGCCCAGUGGAGACAUACCAGGUUCAUGAAUACCUCAGGAGUAAGCUGUGCUCACUUUAUGAAAAUGACUGCAUCUUUGACAAGUUCGAGUGCUGCUGGAACGGGAAUGACAGCGUGGUGAUGACUGGCUCCUAUAACAACUUCUUCCGCAUGCUGGACCGUACACAGCGGAGGGACGUGACCCUGGAGGCGUCUCGAGAGAGCAGCAAACCGCGGCAGGUCCUGAAGCCGCGGCGGGUGUGCGCCGGUGGCAAGCGCAAGAAGGAUGAGAUCAGUGUGGACAGCCUGGACUUCAACAAGAAGAUCCUACAUACCGCCUGGCACCCACAGGAGAACAUCAUCGCCGUGGCAACCACCAACAACCUCUACAUCUUCCAGGAGAAAGUGAACUAGCGCGCUUGGCCAUCGUGGCGAUAGAUAGAUAAACCGCCGAACCUCUGUCUGUGUGUUGGGGAGGGCGGGGUUGGGGAAUGAAUAAAUGAUGAACUAGCGAAGAAAAAUAAUCGUUUCUGUGGCCACCACCACCACCACCACGACCACAACAACCAACACCACCACCAUCGUCGUCAUCAUCACGUACCAACGGGCACCUGCUCCAGGACAGGGUGAACCGGUGGCCCAUAACCAUGGCAACCAAUAGUGAGCCGGUUCAGACUGAUCUGGAGAGAGGGCCACCGGACAUCCGGGCUCCGGGCUCUGUGGCAACAUGAUGCACGCCUUCCUCCGGUGAUGUGCCAUCUGCUGUCUGUACCUACAAUCCCCCUUUCCCCGCUUCGCCCGUAAGACCCAGCGGCAGGGCGAAGUGGGCAGCAGGUUCCAGUAUCUGUCAGACAUCAGCCAUAGUUUUUUUUUUUUUUUUUUUUUUUUGUUUGUUUGUUUUUCUGUUUUUGUAUUCUUCUUUUGGUUUGUUCAAGGUGUCUGUGUAUAAAAACAGAAAACUGAACUUAUGGAUGUGUCCCUGUAUUCUUCUUUAAGCCUCAGCUUAUUUUGUGCCAUUGUACUUUUUCUUUUUUUUUUUGUUUUUUAAUUUUAAUCUUCAGUGAAACUGCCAAGAUGUUUAGGUUGUUUUAAUUCUGUUUAAAGAAUGUUUCUUUUUUUCUUUAUUAUGCUCAAUAAAUUUUCUUCGAUACUGUCCUUAAACACAUCUGUUCAGUUAGAAACUUUUUUUUUUUUUCCUUUCUAUAAAUGCAGUCCUUUUGUGAAACAACAUAGGCUGUGACUGAAAGGGAUCUCUACUCCAUUACUAUUACACUGUAUAGCAAGGGGAGAACUGUUUAGGUUACUAAAUAGUGUUGGAAACAUGCAUUAUUAAAUAAAUUUGGACAUUUUAUCCUCACCCUGCUUCAGUAUUCACCAGUCACAUAAACAAAUCAAUCACUUGCUUGAGUGAGGCUGAACCUUGCCAUGAACAUGAGCAUGACUUUAGAAAAGGAGGAGAAUCAAGGUUUGUUUCUUUUUUUUGGUCCAUAAUUGCAGUAAUCGGUGUUAAAAUUUUCAUUUUUAAGAGCUGCUAUUUUAGUGUUUCUCCAGUUUGUUUUCAGUGGCUCAGGCCUGCUUUUUUCUCUCAUUUUUGGGUGCACAUUCAGCUGAUGCAUUGUGGGAGAUGUAGUAGCCAAAAGUAAAAAUCACUCCAGAAUUCAAUUUGUGUGAUUCAGACACUUAAUAGAAAAAAGCCGACGUAUGUAACGGUGUCAUAAAAUGUAAACAGGGAUCCAUUUCGGUCACAGCCACACAUCACCCCAAAGCUGAGUAGUCUCUGCAGACAGGCUCACGGCAGAAGUCUUGUAGUCGUGUGAUUUGUUUGCUGCAGUUCAUCUAUACUCAAACUAGCACAGCCCUGUAGACUGAUAAUUGGCGUAUAAAAACUGUUGCCCGUACUGUACCCUUUUUUAUGUUUGUUUGUUUUUAACCCCUUUGUUCCCCACCCUCACUCAGUCUCUCACCCCCUCUCUCUCUCUCUCUGCAAGUUGAGAAAGAUUAUAGAGAUUACGAUAAUGAAAAAUGGUAUUUAUAAACUGAACAAACAUUACACUCAAA